ACAGGCAGAUCUCUGAGCAGCCUUCAACAAUGGCAACCUACUCCUUCUCCAAACAGUCUUACAGCGGCGGGGGCAGUGGAAGGAUCGGCGGGCGCCCGUACGCCCACAGUGUCCAUGGGGCAGGGGGUGGUGGCCUGAGAAUGUCCACAACCACUCACACCUUCAGCUCUGGAGGUGGUGCUGGAUAUGGCAUGGGUGGGGGUUCUGGAUUUAGCUCAGGUGGUGGUGGAGGUUUUGCUGGUGGAGCUGGCGGUGGGUUCGCCGGUGGUUUCGGCGGUGGGUUUGGUGGCGGCGACGAGCUUUCAAUCAGUGCCAAUGAAAAACUGACCAUGCAGAACCUGAACGACCGUCUGGCCACCUACCUGGAUAAAGUGCGCAAGCUAGAGGUUGCCAAUGCUGAUCUAGAGCUCAAGAUCCGCCAGUUCUUGGAGGGUAAAACAUCUCCGACUGCACGAGACUACUCACCAUUCUUUGCUACCAUCGCUGAAUUGCAGGGAAAGAUCCAGGAUGCCACAAGUGUCAACGCUGGCAUCUACUUGGCAAUUGACAAUGCAAAACUGGCAGCAGAUGAUUUCAGAACAAAAUAUGAGAACGAGCUCGCCAUGCGCCAGUCAGUGGAGGCAGACAUCGCAGGCCUGAAGAGGAUGCUCGAUGAACUGACCUUGGCCAGAUCCGACCUGGAAAUGCAGAUUGAGGGUCUCAAGGAGGAGCUGAUCUUCCUCAAGAAGAACCAUGAGGAGGAAAUGGCAGCAAUGAGGAAUCAAGUGGGUGGACAGGUUAACGUGGAGGUGGAAUCUAAGCCUCAGAUGGACCUUCAGGCUGCCAUGGAAGUAAUGCGUGAACAAUAUGAGGCUGUAGCUGCCAAGAAUAAGAAAGAACUAGAAACUUGGUUCAACAGUAAAACAGAACCACUGAAACAAGAAGUAGCAACCGCCGAAGCAAGCAUACAAAGUUCAAAAACUGAAAUAAAUGAACUCCGAAACACACUUCAAGGCCUACAAAUUGAGCUUCAGUCACAACUCAGCAUGAAAGCGGCUCUUGAGGGAAGCUUAGCAGAAACAGAGGCGAGGUAUGCCAUGCAGCUCCAAGGUUUGCAGAUGCGGGUCACAAAUCUGGAAGCUCAGAUCACCGGGCUGCGUGCAGACAUAGAGCGACAGACCCAGGAGUACAACAUGCUGCUCGACAUCAAGACCAGGCUGGAGAUGGAAAUCUCAGAGUAUAGAAGGCUGCUGGAUGGAGAGGGAAGUGGUGGCUCUUCUUCAUCUUCAAAGACAAAGAUCCUUGUGUUUACGGAGGAAACUGUGAACGGGGAAGUGGUGUCAAAGUCUGCCACUUGAACCUGAAUCCAGUAUUAGCAGCACAUGCAAAUAUGAAAUAAAGUUGAGUGCUGACUAUA